AUGGCCGGUGCCGCGAACCAAGUGCAGAAUCUGGACGACCCCGAGCAUUUCGACCGCGCCUUCAAGGCCAUCAACCAGAAGGUGAACGUCGAGGGUAACCACGCGUACCACAAGGUGCCGAUCAAGCUGCUCAACGCGAAGACGCAGGUCGUCUCCGGCGCCCUCUACCACUACGAUGUGCUUGUCGGUGAUAGUGAUACCAAGAAAUCGGACGCCGAUCCGCAAUCGUUGAGCAAGGAAAACCUGAAGUAUAGCCAGGGCGGCAAGCGUGAGGUGUACAAGGUGAAGGUGUGGGAGCAGCCGUGGAAGGAUUUCGUCGAGUACACCGUCGAGAAGGAGCGCGACGUCGCCGCUGAUGAGCAGAUU